AAUUACUUCAUCAUGUGGCUCGUCCUGAUUAUAGACAAUCUUCGGCGCGCCUGUGUUCUCUCUCAGCUGACGCCGAACAACAAACCGGAACCCGCCGCUGUCAGGCGAAGGCUUUCACACCGGCCGGUGUUUCCGCCAGCGCAGCGGUUUCCUCUCUUGACGCGUGAGACUACGUCGCUCAGUUUUGCAGGAUGCUAACAUGUUCUAGUCACCUCGCAAGCGAUGAAUGAAACGAGCACCGAGUGGACCGGACCGAGACCGGCGGAGGUUUUGUUUACUUCGGGACAUCGAGUCCCGUUUGUCGCGCACGUCGGAGGAUGGAGCCUCGGCUGAGUGGUGAUGGAACGCCGUUCGUGUCCUGGUUUCUCCUUGGCCCAGUUCUCAUCCUCCCACUCCUAGCUGUACCCGCUAGCUGUCACGGUACCUGCAAUCACCGAGUCCCCGCCCCGAACGAGGUUGUCCAUCAAGUGUUCCUGAAACCUGAUCGUUUAACGAAGAGGAGCUCUGAGGACCUGCAGCUGAAGAUAAAGAUCAUCUACGACAGCAGUGUUGAUCAACUUGCUGCAGACAAGCGGAGGCUGGUGAAGGAUAAGCUGUUUCCUCAGGCCAUUGACUACCUGCAGAGGGCCUUCAGUGUCCGACGCCGGGUCGGACCGGUACUGCUCAGCAGACAAUGUGCCACCAAUCAGUACAUGAGGAAGAGAGGUGACCCUCAUCGCUACUGCCAGGAAGCCUGUGCUGAGGUCACCCGCUGUGGUCCUGUCAUCGUCCCACAGCACCACCUGCAGCAAUGCAAGGUGUGCAGUGAUUCUGGGAAGUCCUGCGGCCCCACAGGGCCCCCAGACGGCCCUGGGGUGGAUGGGUCCGACUUUGUGCUCUAUGUCAGCGGCGUGACCACGGAGCGCUGCGGCCAGGAGAACAUAGUGGCGUACGCUGCCUACUGCCAGCUGGAGGCGGAGCUGGACAGGCCCAUAGCAGGAUAUGCCAACCUGUGCCCUGCCAUGAUCUCCUCCCAGCCUCAGGAGUUUGAAGGGAUGCUCUCCACAGUCAAGCACGAGAUCAUCCACGCUCUGGGCUUCUCUGCCGGCCUGUUUGCCUUCUACCACGAUGAUGAAGGGAAACCCCUGACUCCUCGCUUCGCCAGCGGUCUGCCAGCCUUCAACGAGAGUCUGGGUCUGUACCAGUGGAGCGAGGCGGUGAUCAGAAGGGUCAGCAGGCUGUGGGACAUCAGAGGGGCAGAGAUGGUCCGACACCACGUGCACGUCCUGGUCACUCCUCGCGUUGUGGAGGAGGCCAGGAGACACUUUAACUGUCCCAUCCUGGAGGGGAUGGAGCUGGAGAACCAGGGCGGGAUGGGAACUGAGCUCAAUCACUGGGAGAAGAGACUUCUGGAGAACGAAGCGAUGACCGGCUCCCACACCCAGAACCGGGUGUUCUCUCGGCUCACGCUCGCCAUCAUGGAGGACAGCGGCUGGUACCGAGCCAACUACAGCUUGGCCCAGAGGCUGGACUGGGGCCGCGGUCUUGGGUGCGACUUUGUCAUGAAGAGCUGCAAGUUUUGGAUGGACAAGCAGCAACAGAGGAGACACCCCGUGACUCCGUACUGUGACACGGUGCGAGCUUCUCCUCUUCAGCUGACCUGCAGACAGGACCAGCUGGCUGUAGCCGUCUGCAACCUGCAGAAGUACCCCCAGGAGCUGCCUCUGGAGUACCAGUAUUUUGAUCAGAUUCCAGAUGUGGCCACUGACCAGCUGUCAUUCUUUGGGGGUGCAGUGGAGAUCGCAGAUUACUGCCCCUUCAGCCAGGAGUUCAGCUGGCACCUAAGUGGAGAAUAUCAGAGGAACUCGUACUGCCGAGUGUUGGAGAACCAGCCAGAUUUGUGGAGGAACUAUGGAGCGGAGCAGUACGGACCCGACUCUGUGUGUCUGUACCAGAAGUCAGCCUUUGUGAUGGAGCAGUGCACGAGGAAGAUGACGUAUCCAGACUGGGGUUCUGGAUGCUACAAGGUGUCGUGCACCAAUCAGGGCCUGACGGUGUUUGUUCAGAACCGCUCCUUCCACUGCUCCCGUAAGGGUCAGCUGCUGAGCGUCAGCGUCCGGGUCGGUAACUGGGUCUACAACGGAGUCCUCGUCUGCCCCGCCUGCUCCAACUUCUGCUCCAGCUGCCCCCUCCCCCACCAGAUCCCCCCCAUCAACACCACGAGGAGCAACCCCAUUGAUCCCUGCUCCAGUUCUCCUGGUCUGGCCAUCACUCUGUGGCUCCUGCUGCUCAACCUGCUCCCUCUAGUGGCCGGACUGCUGCUCUGCCACUGCAGCUGAUCACACACACACACACACACACACACACACACACACACACACACACACACACACACACACACACACACACACACACACACACACACACGGUAGCUAACCUCUCCUGUGUACUGUAGCUCUCUGCUUUCUUGUUCUUAUUCACGUAUCCUCAGGGCCGUUGCUCGUUCAUUUCUUUGUAAAAAUGUUCUUCAGCCCUUCCUGGUGAGACAGCCACACCCCUCGUUCUGUCAGAGGUCCUUUCAGGUGUGUAUCAGUGUGUUUACAUGCACUCCAAUAACCAGACUACUGUGGCCUGAUUCCUCCAGAACAAGGAAGUAUAUGUUCAUGUAUUUGAUAUUUGCUUUUAUGCUAAAUGAGGAGUUAGCAUGGAGGCUAUAGAGAACACUUGUCAGGGGUCACAGAAGCGAAUUAUCCUCCAUGUUUGCACCCAGAUGUUUCUAAAACCAGGAAAGCUUCAGUUAGCAACACGUGGCAGCUAAAGUCAGGAGGAAAUGAGCACUGAUCAGGAACCUUUGACCUGAGAAAACAUCUUUUUAUAACUUUGGUACAUUUGAAGUCCCAUUGGUCAUCACACAGUGGAGACAUUACAUCUCUGCAUCUGACCCAUCCCCGUGGGGAGCGGUGAGCUGCAGCCUUGGCUGUUCUUAGGAACCUUUUGGUUGUUUAACCCCCAAUCCAGCCCCUUCAAGCUGCGUGUCAAACGGAGGAGUUGGGUCCCAUUGUUAAAGUCUUUGGUACGACCCGACCGGGAUUUGAACCCCGAUCUCCCCAGACGGACACUGAUCCCAGAUGGUGGUGAUGAUCAGACAAAAACAAAAGCCCUGUUGGAUUGAAGGGUGAUGAGUCGGCAUUUAAGUAAUAAUAAGUGUUUUAAUAAGUGAGUCUGAUUUUUGUUGGUCUGGUUUUUCUGAGUAACUAUGGCAACGUGGUGCAUGUAAACAUGGUGGAUUCACUCGGACUUUGUACCGUUUGUGUUCGGAGAGCCUCCUGAAGCAGCUACGUGUUUCUUUAGCCGCGACGGAGCCGUCAGCAGCACGUCAUAGCUGCUGAUAGGAACCGCUGUGGUCAACAGAACCUUUUCCACCGGAGCCGUCAGUAGCGCGAGUCGGCCGCGUCUCAGGAGCAGCAUGUUGAGGCCCUUAUGCGCCGGUUCUAUUUUCUACGCGCUACGCCUCUGAAACGGGUCAAGUUCGGCAUUUUUGGUGAAGGAAAGACAGGAAAUCGGAUGUGGAAACGGAGCGAAGCUUCCCGAGAUUUUCAGAAUAAAGAAACGUACUGCCUUCCGGUUGCUUUACUUAAAAAAAAGUUAUCACCGAGCUAGCGGUCUCCUGUGUUUUUCCAUAAUGGACGACGAACGGUUGAUUACUGAAGUGGUUACUCCUGCUUGUUGUGUUUGCUGACGAAGUCACGCGUGAUUUUGCUAAUACCGCGUGACUUCGUGCUUUGUUGAUGACAGCUGCUCCCCUGCUGCGUCGUGUCUCGUGGGAAGGGCCAAGCAGCAGCUUACAUGAGCAAGACGUGCUGCUGACGGCUGUGGUGGAAAGGAGGGGUAUUUCACAUAAUUGUUUAAUAUUUAAUUUUAGGUUAUUUAUUUGUGUUUUAUUUAUGUUGUGGAGGCUCGCCAUUUCUGAUGAAGCCAAAUCUGAGGAAAGACUCGAGAGAUGACAAGAUCUGAUGUUUGUGUCACUCCCGCCAGAGGCUGUUUGUAAACGAACUUCUUCAGCUGGGAGGAAGGGUCAUAAUGGAGGAGGGUGUGGUGCCCUCUGGUGGUAGCUGGAGGUAAAGCUGACACAAACAUGCAGAGUGGAAGGCGGAGCUGCCGAGCUGAAGUUUUAGAUGUUUAAGCUCACUGACUCGGAGCUGACUUCACGACUGAUUUAGGAUAGACCUGUAGUGUUUCAGGUGUGAGGAACAGUGGGUCUGUGAGCUUCUGGACCCGAAAGGAUCCUGGUCCGAGUCGGACCUGAGCAGGACCGAGUUUAACGGUGCGUCUCUCUAAACUAAUGAAACCUUUAGGACAGAUUUACUGUAAAAUAGGAAAUGAAGGAAGCUUUAUUCUGCCUGCUGUUUUGUACAUUUGUGCGUUAGCGUUUAAAACGCGGCCCAGUGGAGCACCGGUGUGAUUCUGCGUCUGUUUAAAGGUUUUGUGGAGGCCAAAACGUGGUUCUGAAUGUUUAUUUAAGGUGGAACAAAUGAAGCGGAGUGAGUUUGAGGCUGAAGCCACCGUCAGGAGGAGUUUUAGCUCUGAUGUCAAAGUCAUGAUGUUUAUGGGAGGAUGGUGAUGUCACAGGGGUUCGUUCCAUUCCUUGUGAAAAUUUCACCUCAGAUCAAAUUCUUCCCUCACAAGGAUUUGGGUCUCCAUGACGAAUGAAACCUGCUACUGGGACGUCCAGAGGAACUCCAUGGAUCAGAAAUGAGUUAGACGUUUGCACCACACCUACAGAUCUGGCCGUAAAGCUUUAGGAGGUCUCUGACAGCAGCAGCCAGACGCAGCUGGGCUCUAUUCUGUAUGUUUAAUGUUGUGUAAAAUGUCCGAAAGCCGGUCACGUUGGGUCUGAUGCAGUGAAGAUCUGACCACCAGUUUUAUUUCACACAUCAAAGAGAUUGUUGGGAAGAGCAGCCAAAACCCUCACACCCGUUCUCCUUUUUAUGAAUAGGGCUGCUUUUUAAGACAACUUGUAAAAAAUAAAUGUGUCGAUCCUGAA